UCUAGCAUUACCGAGAGCGUCCCGGGGAGGGUCCACGGGACAAACCCAUUCACGGCACGCGUUCGCGAGUCUCCAUGCACGCAGUCAGCCUAGUGCCACCUCAGCAACGAGACUAGAAUUGCAGUCGCUUUCAGUCGCUCUAACUUCAUGCACAGAUAUUUGUAAAUCUACUGCUGGCUCAGCUUCGGGGACGUCCAACUCCAGCCCUAUGUAUCCUAGUCGCCCCAAAUAAACUUGACAACGAGCCAGGCUUGCAAACGCGCAACACCACCAGCAACUUCAGAAAUGUCUUCUAACGCCAUCUCAUACACCGAAUGUAUAGCAGCAUUAGAUCAAGGCACACAAUCCACUCGAGUCUACAUUUUCGACAAGGAAUGCAACGUCCUGGCCUCGCACCAGGCGGAGCUCCCGCAAAUCUAUCCACAAGCAGGGUGGUGCGAACACGACCCACUUGAGAUUUGGCGCACGGUGCUGCAAUGCAUCAGCCAGGCUUGGGAGUCGGCUCAGCAGCACGUGGUGUCCAGCGGGCGGCCGCCGCUGCGCAUGCUGUCGCUGGGCAUCACCAACCAGCGUGAGACCACGGUGGUGUGGAGUCGCUCCACGGGCCAGCCUCUGCACAACGCCAUUGUGUGGCUGGACAACCGGACCAGCGAGCUGUGCGAGCACCUGUCGCGGGUGUUUGGCGGCGUGGACGCCUUCCGCUCCGUGACCGGCCUGCCCAUCUCGCCCUACUUCAGCGCAACCAAGUACCUGUGGAUGCUGGAGAACAUCCCGCAGGUUGCGGCCGCCGUGGAGAGCGGCGACGCGGCCGUGGGCACCAUUGACAGCUGGCUCAUCUGGCAGCUGACCGGCGGGGCGGACGGAGGCGUGCACGUCACGGACGUGACCAACGCCUCCCGCAUGCUGCUGAUGGACCUGGACGCGCUGGACUGGCACGAACCCACGCUGGCCGCCUUCCGCUGCCCCCGCGCCGUGCUGCCGCGCAUCGUGUCCAACUCGGAGGUGUACGGCACCAUCAGCGCCAGCGCCGCCACCGCGCUUCACAGCCACGGCCACGCGCAGUACCACCAGCACUACGCGCCGCCGCUCCCCGCCGCCGCCCACGCGCACGGACUGGCGCCCGCGGGGGAGGUGCUGGCGGCGGCCGACAGCGGCAGCACCGGCUCCCUGCCGGGACUGACGGGCAUGGCUUCUGGCGGCUUCCGCGCCGCCGCCGCCGCCAACGGUAACGGCAACGGCCACGGCAUGCACGGCAUGCACGGCAGCGCCGGCCACCUGCUGCCGCACGCCAUGCCGCAUCCCGGCCUGCGCCACCCGCUGUCGCCGCUGGAGGGCGUGCCCAUCGCCGGCAGCCUGGGAGACCAGAUGGCGGCCGUGCUGGGAGCGAGGGGUCGUGGCGUUUUCAGCAGCAAGUUAAUGCCAGCGCUGCCGGCCCGGCGAGGCCAAGAACACGUACGGCACCGGCUGCUUCAUGCUGCUGAACACGGGGGCAGCGCCGUAUCGCCUCCAACCACGGCCUGCUCACCACCGUGGGCCUUCAAGCUGGGGCCCGACAAGCCAGCCAACUACGCCCUGGAGGGCUCGGUGGCGGUGGCGGGCCUGGGUGUGAGCUGGUUGCGAGACAACCUGGGGCUCAUCGGCAGUGCGGCGGAGAGCGAGGUGCUGGCGGCGUCAGUGAGGGACAGCGGCGGCGUGUACCUGGUGCCCGCGCUGUCGGGUCUGCUGGCACCGCGCUGGCGGGCGGACGCGCGCGGCGUGCUGGUGGGGCUCACUAGCUUCACCACCCGGGCGCACGUGGUCCGCGCCAUGCUUGAGGCGAUCUGCUUCCAGACGCGAGAGGUGCUGGACGCCAUGCGGCGGGAUGCGGAGCUGGACGAGCACCACGGCGGGCUGGCGGCGCUGCGGGUGGACGGCGGCGCGGCCGCCAACGACGUGCUGAUGCAGAUGCAGGCGGACCUGCUACAGGUGCCGGUGCUGCGGCCGGCCUUCCGCGAGACCACCAGCAUGGGGGCGGCGCUGGCGGCGGGGCUGGCCGUGGGGUUCUGGACCAAGGAGGAGGUGUUCAGUGGCGGCGACCGGGGCGCGCGCGGCGUGACGCUGUUCGCACCCUCCAUCAGCAGCAACCAGGCCAGCCGCCGCUACGCGCGCUGGAACAAGGCGGUGGAGCGAGCCCUGGACCUCGCCGACCUGGCACCGGAUCCAGAUGAGGACCUGCCGGAGGAGGUGGCGGCGGUGGAGCCUGCGGAGGUGGCGGCGCCAGAGGCCGCUGAGGCGCUGUGCCAGCCGCCAAUGUAACGUGGCAGCUGCAGGGGGGUUGGGGUGGCGGCGGCCCCAGGGCAGAGGUGUGUCGCCCUGGAGAGCGGAGCAGGGGUCGACUGCGGGUGUUGGGUCGUAUGAUACAUGGUGCUACCAAAUAAUGGUUCACAUAUGGUGCUACCAAAUAAACCGAUGCCCCGGAUCCUAAGCCAACCCACCAAGCGCUGAGGGGGCGGAGCAGUGCAAGCGGCGGCGCUUCAUCCAGAGAGCUUCUGGUCUGGGACUUGCAACCGCAGGACCAAAUCAGACAACGGGGUUCAGGGCGGCCUGAGCGCCCAUGAAGCCUGGUCGGGCUUGACGCGGGGCCAUGAAUUUCACGGACGCAUGCGGUGUAUGACAUACGGUUCUUGCAGGCGGUGCCGUCCUUGAUGGUGCUGUAUUCUCGAGAGAUUCUGCCAUUCUGGACUGGUGCAGGUGGUGCUGAGCAUUGCUGGUAGAACUGCUUCUGCGGGACUGUAUUAGUCCUAUUUCAUCACGCGUGACGCUUCAAUCAGUGAGAACCUUUCAAGGCGUCAAGGCAACAACCGUCCACCUUCGCCCUGAGGGCUGCAGCUGUUCCAUCCAGAAAUUCUG